UGCCUGCCCAUGACAUCCCACGAGAAGGAAGCCUCUCCCACCAUCAUCACUGUCAGGCCUCCUGUGGUCCCCCGGGACUAUAUUAUUUGGUCAGUCUUCAACACUAUCUAUAUGAAUCUGUGCUGCCUGGGCUUUGUCGCUCUUGCAUAUUCCGUCAAGGCUCGGGAUCAGAAGGUGACUGGGGACCUGGAAGCUGCCCAUCGCUAUAGUUCCAAAGCCAAAUGCUACAACAUCCUUGCCACAAUGUGGAGUGUGGUGCUGCCAUUAGUGCUCAUUGCUUUGGUGAUUACUGGUGUCCUCCACCUCUCCAAGCUGGCUCAGGAGUCCAUGGACUAUUUGGCUUACAGACUCUUCCCAGAUGAUGCUGAGGACAAAAAGUGAGGGGGAACAUGUCUUAAGAGAUGGGUAUAACCUAAGCACUGCACAAUACAGAACCUCUACCUGCUUCUGAUCUGGGUCAUCUGGUUCACUACAGUGAAGCAUUAAUCAAGCCUAGGACUCCUUUCUCAGAAAGUCCUGGAGAUGUUCAUCCUUGGUGUCCUGCAUAGACUCAUGGCUGAAUUGUUCUACCUCUGCUCUGUCCUACACUUAUUUUUUUCAAGGCUCUUUCCUCCCUAGCUUUCUGUAUUUUCUGUUGGAUCCGCAUACAUUUUGGGUAGGCAGGCAUGCAGCCGCUCAAGGAAAGCAAGUAGAAAAGCUAGCCUAGUAAGAAUGAUUAUUACAAUGCUUCUGGAAAUUGACUUCUGUUUACAAAGAUAGCCUUGUGCCUUUCAAAUUUCUUGCUAGUAUGUUUUUGUAGUUUCUAUCUAUAGGAUUGCUUUCAACAUAUAAUAGCUAAAAUAGGUAUUUUUUAAAGCACAUCUUUUUUUUUUGCACCAUGUAUGUAUUAUUUAUGGUGAGAUCCCAUGACAAGCCAUCUUGAACUGAAUAGUGAACUGAAUUCCAUAACUGUCAGCAGGCACAUGCAGAAAACCAAUGGGAGGGUUGGUUGGUUGGUUGGUUUUUAGCAAAGGUAUAAUUUAAGCUCAAUAAUAAAACCCCAGCCAAGAGUAGAUCCCCACUGAACUUGGUGACAUUUUCUUCUCAACAGCUAUUUUAAAAAUUGCACGGUUAAUCUAUAAGUCAGAAAACUAUGUAAUAAGGUUAAAAUUAACAAGCAUUAACAAGUUAGGUGGACAGUCUCUUACAAAAGUCUUCCCCAAUUUACUAUAAAACUUGCUAGAUGAGUCAGAAAUAUCUAGAAGGCAGUAGCCUAGUUGGUUGCCAGUAUCAGAACAUUUGCCACCUGGGCUUCUUUAGAUGGUUCAGACUACACCGUCAACAAGCUCCAUUUAAUAGUGCUAGUGGUUUGGUAUAGGGAGGGCUCCGUCAGAUGUUUGUGUCUUUAGGAGCAAGCCUUCAAAUCUUCCUUUGAACCCUCUGGUUCCUUACCUGUUUUUGAUGCCAAUUUCUCUUUAUAGUUGCUGUUUAAGUUCAGAACUCAGACAGAGCACUAGUCUUCCGUGCAUCUCAGUGUUAAUACAAGUAAUUAUUUUGAUCUGUGUCAUGUUUUCAAUCUAUAGUUUAUUUUAAUCCAAAGAAAAAAAAAGAGAGAGCUUGGAUCACCUCUGUCUAGAAACCCAGUGGGCAUGCCAGCCCUACUUCAAACCUAUAGCCUUGAAGGCUCCAUCCAUAACGUGCACUUGAAGGUAUAAAAUUGUGCAGAAUAGUGUAUGAAGCAGAGGAGUCAGGGGCAUCGAUUGGUGAUGGUGGCGUUCAAAGAUGACACACAAUGCACAUAAAAAAGGAGCAGGGCUUUGAUUAUGUGGUAGUGACAGCCAUUUUGACUUUUUGGCACUCUUUCCCCUACCCCUGGAGAUGCUCCUGAGAAGAGCUGUUGACCAACUAG